CUUUGGUAGUUUUGGCAGUAGCAGCACAACGGCAGUCAUGGAGAGUCCACAAAGACAGAUGAACAACAAAGAUGGAUUCUUGGAAAUAUUUGGACAAGGUGCUUGCAUUUUUACAAACUACAGAAGGGUUUUUGUGUUUCUCGGACUGCUGAAUGCGGCGUUAUUCAUAAUUGCUGUUGUUCUUGGCGUCAAAUGUGCCAAAGUCAAAGAGGGCUCCUUCCAUGUUACCCACUCAGCUGCAUCUCAGCUCAUCAGUGAGAUUGACUUUCUCCGUAGCAACCACAGCGAAGCUGUGAUCGAAGCUGAAGAAGAGGCCAAGAGGGCCUUAGAGAGAGCAAUCAAAACCCACGCUCAACUAAAGGGGCAAACCGAGCACCAGAAAGUCAUCAAUGAUGAAUACCAGAAGAAGAUUGAAGCAUUACGAGAAGAGAAGACAAACCUGCAGUCCAACAUAUCAGCAUUGGAGGGAACUUGCGGCAGAUGUCUCCCUGGAUGGAUUCUUCUCAACUCAUCGUGCUAUUUCUUUUCUUACACGGAGUCUCCUACUGUCAAGAAGAACUGGCCAGACAGCAGAAAAGACUGCAACAGACGUGGGUCAGACCUGAUUGUGAUUGACAACCAGGAGGAGCAGAAAUUUGUGAGCAACACCAUCAACAAUAUGGGAGGUGGAUAUGAUGUCUGGCAAAGAGGGUUCUGGAUUGGCCUGACUGACACACACACAGGGGGGAUAUGGGUGUGGAUUAAUAAUGUCACGGAGGUGGAACAGAGACACUGUCACAAAAACCUGUUCAUCCUGAGGAUCUUUAGUGGGAACAGGUACUGGAGGAUGAGCAACAGACAAAUCGUCUCCCUUUCCAUCAGAUACUUGUUCCACAUGUUUCAUUUCCUUUGGUGGUUGCUCAGAGCAAUAAUGGAGAGAAGAGACCCCCAAGGAAGCAACCGCGAUGGUGGAUUUAAUACACUGAUUUUUCAGGAUAGCGUACACAGCGAAGAAGAUCAAGUUCACCGCCAGCCUAACCAAAGCAGGUUGAAAGAGUUGACGUUCUACGUGGGUCCAGGGAGGCGCAUCAAACUGGCUGCAGUGAGCCUGAUGGGUCUCGCUUCUAUUUUACUGAUAGUUGAUAUCGGCCUUGGCGUCCAUUACAACAAUCUCAGAGACACCCAUCUAACCCUUGACGACAUCAACCUCAUCAGCAAAGAUCUGGCCCAACUCCAGGGGACUUACAAGACCGCUGUCGAAAACAUGAAAGCUGCCCGGAAGCAGGUGGACACCGAGACAAGUCUUCAGACAGAAACCCAAUGGGAGUUUGAACACCAGACUAAAAGAAGCAAAGACUAUGAAGUUCAGAUUGACAAAUUCACCAAGGAUGUUGCAACAAUGAGAACAUACUUACCAAUGAUUGUUGAUGGGUGCAGACAUUGCCCUUUAGGAUGGGUCUUGAUGAACGCAGCGUGUUUCUACUUCUCUUCGAAUUACCCUGGACUGAAAACGUGGCAGAAAGCCAGAGAGUUCUGCCAGCUGAACGGAGGAGAUCUUCUAAUCAUAGAUAGCAAAGACAAAGAGAACUCAACUAUAAACCACGUGGCGGAUCACCAAGGCUCCCUGACAUCAAAUGUAGGCUUCUGGUUGGGACUGAGAGACUCUCAGGAGGAGGGAACUUGGAAAUGGGUGGAUGGAUCAUUUCUUGUUGAAGGGUACUGGAUGGAUGGAGAACCAAAUGAUACCGAUAACGAUGAGGACUGUGCAGAACUGUAUCCAGAGAAAAACCUCUUCAAGGCUUGGAACGAUGCCGAAUGCAACACCCAGCGUAAAUGGAUAUGUCAUAAAGCAUUAAACUGAAUGAGCUGAGCUUUCCUUAAUGAUGCACAAAAUCUUACACAGGAGUAACAGUGUGCAUUUUAAUGUCACACGUGCACUGAAGCAUUUAAGAAAAGCUACGUUGUGCAACAAUGGCAUCUACAGAACAAUGCUCAUACAGUAGAUUUUACUUUAGGGAUCCAUGGAGGAUGUUUUGGACAAAUACACUAAAAAAAUAUAACUGUUGAAAGUAAGAUAUAUCAGUGUUUUUAUGUUUUGAACUGUGAACUGUAAUUAGUUGCUUUAUACUUUGCAUUUUAAAAGGAGCGCCGCCAAACAUCACAUAUUCACCAUGAGAGUCAUACAAUUCAACCUAUUCACA